UAUAAAUUUUUGAACUUUUCAAUAAUUUAAAUAGAAGUAUAUAAAGAUGAAGACGAGAUUUAAUUCCUAUGAUAUUGCUUGUACAAUAAGUGAAUUACAAAAGCUUAUUGGAAUGCGCGUAAAUCAAAUUUACGACAUUGAUCAUCGAACUUAUCUUAUACGUCUUCAACGAAGUGAAGAAAAAUAUGUCCUUUUAUUAGAAUCUGGCAAUAGAAUUCAUACAACGGCAUUUGAAUGGCCAAAAAAUGUCGCGCCGUCAGGGUUUUCAAUGAAGAUGCGUAAACAUCUUAAAAAUAAGCGACUUGAGAGUCUUACUCAAAUAGGUGUAGACCGAAUGAUUAAUUUACAAUUUGGAAGUGGUGAAGCAGCAUACCAUGUAAUUUUAGAAUUGUAUGAUCGUGGAAAUAUAGUUUUAACAGAUCAUGAAAUGACCAUUUUAAAUAUUUUGAGGCCUCACACAGAGGGAGACAAAAUUAGAUUUGCUGUCAAGGAGAAAUAUCCUAUGGACCGUGCUCAUCAAAAUACAAUGCCAUCAAUGAAAGAAAUACAAGAGCACUUACAAAAUGCCAAAACAGGAGAAAGUCUGAAAAAAGUACUAAAUCCACUUCUAGAAUUUGGUUCUGCUGUAAUUGAUCAUGUUUUAUUAAAACAUGGAUUUACACUUGGUUGUAAAAUUGGCAAGGAUUUUAAUGUUGUAGAACAUAUGUCAAAAUUAAUUCUAGCAUUAGAAUGUGCGAAUGAAAUGAUGGAUUUUGCUAAAACAAAUGUUUCCAAAGGAUACAUCAUCCAAAAAAAAGAACUAAAACCUACUGCAGAUGGCAAAGAAGACUUUAUAUAUACCAAUAUUGAAUUUCAUCCAUUUUUAUUUGAACAAUAUAAAGAUUAUCCAUAUAAAGAGUUUACAUCGUUUGAUAUUGCAGUAGAUGAAUAUUUUUCUACAAUGGAAGGUCAAAAAUUAGAUUUGAAAGCUUUACAACAGGAACGCGACGCAUUCAAAAAAUUAGAAAAUGUAAAAAAGGAUCAUGAUCAGAGAUUAAUAACAUUGGAGAAAACUCAAGAAUUAGAUAAACAGAAAGCAGAAUUGAUUUCCAGAAACCAAGUUUUGGUAGAUAAUGCUAUAUUAGCUAUACAAAGUGCUCUUGCAAAUCAAAUGGCUUGGCCUGAUAUAAAAGUGUUGUUAAAAGAAGCAGAGAGUAGAGGUGAUCCUGUUGCAUCUGCAAUAAAACAAUUAAAAUUGGAAACAAAUCAUAUAUCUUUAUUAUUACAUGAUCCUUAUGAAGAUAGUGAUGAAGAACCAGAAUUAAAGCCUAUGUUAAUCGAUAUUGAUUUAGCACAUACAGCUUUUGGAAAUGCUAGAAAAUAUUAUAAUCAAAAGAGAUCAGCAGCUAAAAAGCAACAAAAAACAAUAGAAUCGCAAGAUAAAGCUUUAAAAUCGGCGGAAAAGAAAACAAAACAAACAUUAAAAGAAGUACAAGCUAUUCACAGUAUUAAUAAAUUAAGAAAAAUAUAUUGGUUUGAAAAAUUUUAUUGGUUUAUUAGUUCUGAGAAUUAUCUUGUAAUUGGUGGAAGGGAUCAACAACAAAAUGAAUUGAUAGUAAAAAGAUACCUUAAAUCUGGGGAUGUAUAUGUACAUGCAGAUUUAACUGGUGCUAGUUCCGUAGUUAUUAAGAAUCCUGAUGGCAGUCCAGUGCCUCCAAAAACUUUAGCUGAGGCAGGCACAAUGGCAGUUGCCUACAGUAUUGCGUGGGAUGCUAAAGUAGUAGCAGGAGCAUGGUGGGUAAAUAACGAUCAAGUAUCAAAAACGGCUCCAACUGGUGAAUACCUUACUACUGGUUCUUUCAUGAUUCGUGGAAAAAAAAAUUAUCUACCACCAUGUCAAUUAGUCAUGGGAUUAGGAUUUUUGUUUCGUCUAGAAGAAAGUUCAAUCGAAAGACAUAAAGAUGACAGAAGGGUCAAGGUGAUUGAUGAUGAAAAUGAGCAUACAGACUCUUUGAUUGAAGAAGAUAGAGAAAUUGAAUUAAUGGAGGAUUCUGAAGAAGAUGAACAAUUUGAGAAUAAGAAUAACUUAAAUCCUAUUGAAGAAGAAUCUAAAACAGAUUUAAUUAUAGAAGAAAAUAAUGUUAAUCAAGAUACUAGCGAUGAGGAAGACAAUCUAUCUCAAUUUCCUGACACACAAAUUAAAAUCGAUGUUUCCGGUUCAAAGAUAAACUUACAUGUUGGUAAUAAUCAGUCAACAGCAAUGCCACAAAAAGAUUUAGGAGAUGUAAUUUACUUAGGUGAUGAUAAGCCUGUAUUAAUAAACAUUGCGGGCAAGGAUAGGAGUUUUGAAGCUAAGCAAAAGCCACCUUGUAAAAAAGAAAAUAAAGAACAGAUGGAAGUAGUGACUAAGAAAAAUGAUCAAGUUGUUUUGAAACGUGGACAAAAAGGAAGAUUAAAAAAAAUGAAAGAGAAAUAUAAAGAUCAAGAUGAGGAAGAUAGAAAAUUAUCUAUGCAAGUUCUUCAAUCAGCAGGUACUGCAAAAGAAGAUAAAAAAAAAAAUAAAAAUAGAGAUCCAUCUGGUCCAAAACAACAAACAAAGAAGAAGGGUAUAAUGAAAUCAGCUCCACCACAAAAUUCUCAAAUUAUAGAAAAUAUUGAUGAUGAAGAUACAGGCCCAGGGCCUGAAGUAGAUAUGUUAGAUCAGUUAACAGGAAAACCUGUUACAGAAGAUGAAUUGCUAUUUGCUGUGCCAGUGAUAGCGCCUUAUAACACUGUAUUGAAUUAUAAAUUUAAGGUAAAACUAACGCCAGGUACGGGUAAGAGAGGAAAGGCAGCAAAAACUGCUAUAGCAGUAUUUAUGAAAGAUAAAGAAAUCACUUCAAGAGAAAGAGACUUAUUAAAAGCUGUUAAAGAGGAAACAAUAGCUAGAAAUAUUCCCGGAAAAGUUAAAAUAAGUGCACCUCAAAUACAGAAGUUAAAAAAAUAG